CUUUUCCUUCUUUGGGAGAUUUAGAACUCAAAAUUUUCAACUCUAAAACAGAGUUGGGAGUCACGUAAUAUGCGUCUGAUAGAUAAAGUGCAUGGUUUCAAAAAUUCGCCAACUUCAGCAUCUAUGUGAUGUGUGUCAAAUUACGGAUAUUAUCGGAAAAUUAUCUUUUGUAGACCUUUCUUUUGGUAAUGUGUGUUUAAAGAUACUGGGUGAAUGGUGACGAUAUUUUGCUAUUAGGUCUUUCCGUUUCCUGACGGAGAAAUCUUUGACGAAGAACUCGAAAGCAAAAGGCAUUCAAGAUUACGUUCCUCAUCCCCUCCCAUCUCUUCGAUUCCGAAAUGGCGGCUGAAUCGUACCCCGUCGCAGCCGCAUUCGCUGUUCUGCUCAUCUUCCUCUUCAUAGUCCUUCUCAUCACGUGGUGCUGCAAGCAGUUCGCUCGUCCCAAAGAGGCAUGCGUCACCCUCAUACCUCAAACAGUGCCCCAGCAUGAAAGGUACAUCAGCACCAUCGACGUGCAGACUGGCUUGCCAGUCAUCGUGGAUUUGUCUGCAAUAGCCAGUUCUAGAAACCAAAUCAGAAUAAUGGCUGCCAGACGUGCAUCGUCACCUUGUCCCAUCAACACCCGCAGCAAUACCACGCUGUAUGGUUCCAUUGCACGUGAUCCACCGGGGUUGACGUCGAGUUGUGAAGUUCUGGCUAGAACACCACCACCGCCAUAUUCGGAAGUUGCUGCACAGCAGCCCCCCAGGCAGUGAUUUGCAUCUGUGGCAAUUGCAAUUCAUGAAAUAUGAAAGUGUAUUAAAGUUUGACAACCAAAAAAAAAUGAUCUAGUCUUGCUCACCUUAGAAUAUUUUUCAAGUUGAAAUCUAUAUACUAAUCGUAAUCUCAGGAUAAUCAAAUUCACCGCAGAUUGUGAGUGAAUUUGAUUAUCCUGAGCCUUGCUCAUGAUUUUUUUGUGUGUGAGUCGCAAAGUUCUGGCUAGAACACCACCGUUGCCAUAUUCGGAAGUUGUUGCACAGCAGUCCAGGCAGUGAUUUGCAUCUGUGGUAAUUGCAAUCCAAGAAGUUCAUAAAAAUGUAUUAAAGUUUAACAACCAAAAAAAAAGUAAUAAUCUAGUCUUGUUCACCUUAGAAUAUUUUUCAAGUUGGAAUUCAUAUACUAAUGUCUCAGAUUGUGAGUGAAUUUGUUUAUCCUGGGCCUUUCUCAAGAUUCUUUUUGUGUGAGUUUUUGUGAUUAUGUAGUUACUAUUGAGGUAACUUUAAUGUUCCAUGGCAUUUUGCAUUCUGUGUCUAUAAACUUGCUGCAUCUACCUCCAUGCGGCGCUGCAUAUUAUAUAUGAUUAUUGCAUCGAAAUCAAGAUACUAUCGCCAUUGAUCGACAGCGUUUAGAAAUCAUUACAUUACGCUCUAAGUUACGAUGCAGUAGAGUCAUUUAGAUAAAUAAAUAUAUAUAUAUAGCUUCAUUUCAUUGUGAUUUUAUAAUGUAAGGAAUUCAAAUUGGUUUUAAGUACAAAAAUAUAUAUUCUUGAAUUAUGAACAAAAUAGUGCUUACUUAAACAGAUUCUAAUUAAUUACAUAUAUAACAAAUCUAUCUCAGUGCUUUACAUUAUUAUACAUGUUCCAGAUAGCACUUGUUAUAGCUAGUUAGUGGAAAAUUGAUUAAUUUGCUGAAUUAGAAAUAGUUCCAAGAACAGAAAUGCACAAUAUAAUUUUUUUUUUAAUUAGAACAUUCAUUAAAAAUUUAUUCACCAUUUUUCCGAAACUAAAACAAAUAUUGUCAUAUUUACAAUUUUUUAUUUGCAAAUUUAUGUGUUUUUAACGUGUUAAAUUGCUCACGCUCAUAAUUUUCCAAAAUUUAACAAAUUUUUCCAUUUGGAUCACACGGUGUAACUUCUAAUAAAAUUAUGAUACAAUAAAUCAAAUUAUAUCCAUUUGAACAAUCAGAGAAAUAAAAAAAUUUAUUAUUCGAAGUUUAUUUAAACAGAACUUAUCAUUAGAAAACACUGUAGAAAGGAAAAUAAAUAAUAAGAUUAUCUAUAAUUCGUGCAAGUGAAUAUUCUGCUUCAAGAAUUAAGUAGAUAUUCGUCAAGACUACUGGUUCGUAGUAAAAGAAUGAAUGCAGUUAUUCGUCUGAGCAGAUAAUUGCAUUUUGAAUGUAUUUAUAAAGUAAUAAAUAUACUGACAUAGAAUUUAAAAUAUAAUUAUUUAGGCUUGUAUAUUUAAAGCAAGCAUCAAGUCAAACAUCGACUAUUACACAGAGAAAAAGAACUUGUGAACCGUUAUAUGUCAUUGAGGUUGAUACUGGUUGAAAUCUUCAGCCAUUGACAGAACGGGUGCCUCGGCAUAAAUUAAGAGAACAUAACAGCUAUUAAAUUUUUAAAAUCAGAUGAAAAGCAAGGCAUGACUGUAGUGAAGAUGAUCAUCUUUUAAACGUAGAAAACUUUCAAAAAAUAAUUAAUGGGCUAAAUAAUAUGUAUGAUACAAAGUCAAAUUUUGUGACUUAAAAAUCAACUUAUGAAACACUAAAAAUAGCAUAUUUCAGAAUUUUGUAUGUAAUGAAUGUUGCUUAUUCUUUUUAAACAAAAUGCUGAUUAUUAAUACGCCAUAAAUUUUAUUUUUCUCCAACAGAAAAAUACGGAACAAGUAUCUAGACAAAUUAAAGAAACAAUUUUGUUAUGCAUAAAUUCGUCUCAUUCCAUAAUUGUGCAAUUUUUCCAUUUCAUCAAUAAAUCCAUUUCUUAUUUUAAUACAAUAAAGUUUACUUAAAAACUGAGAUUUUAUAGGACAUGUUAUAAGAAAUUAAAUUUUAAAAUUAUUUUUAAAGAGAUUAUUAUUACCGCAACUUACGUCUAUCUUAAGAAUAUCAAAAUAAAUAAUUCUUUCUAUGAAAAAAUAUCCCACUUACAAAUCACAGUAUGAUCUAAAUAUAAUAAUUUUAUUUUAAGUGUUGAACUAACUUCACGUUCUACUAUUAUUAGGACUAUUAAUUGUUGAAUAAAGUUGCAUUUUUAGGAUAGAUUUUUGUAAUAGACAGGAUUGUUUGUGCGGUCUAUUGAUUCAAAUCAUGACGUCAUCUGAUUUUCAGAAUUGAUACGAAUUUUGGAUUUUCUAUUGAAAUAUUUUGACCUGUAAAAAAGUAAUAAUAAAAAGCAAAUCUGUAAUUCAAAUCAAUAUUAAUAUUUAUUUUGCAGAAUAAAUAAAUGAAGCCAAUUAAUGCUUAAACAAUACUCAUAACCUCACAGCACUGAGUAAGACAGCGUGAAGUAUUGAAUUUUAGAAAACAUACGCAAUGACAUUUGUUAUGAGAGAAUGAUCCCGAAUUAAUUGAUUUCAUUAAAUUAUCCGAUUGAAUCUACUUUAAUAAGGGAAAAAUGUAUUUAGUGUUUUGCUUUCAAUUAGAUUUAAUAAAGAUUAGAAAAGGACUUAAAGUAGCGGCCCAUUUCCUUUCUUUCUUUUCUUUUUUUUUUCAAAUAUAAGUAUUCUAUGAAUAAAAAAUAAAUUGCUCAAAAUGGCUGACGUCAUGACGUCAUUAUAGCUUUCCAGCGAAGAAACAUAUUUGAUAGCAUGAACAUUCCUGUUGGUUUAUUAGUAAGAACUGCAACUAAACGAAUGUAAGAAAAGAUUAGAUUAUAUAAAUGACGUAUUUUUACAUUCUCUAUUCUAUCCUUUGUAUGCAACAGUAAGAAAAAAUGUUAUUAUAUCACGUUUACAUUACUGUAAGAAAAUUGAAUUGAAUAUUCAUUUUUCAUUCAGAAAGAUGUACUAUAUUUAUGUGUGAAUAGAACGAUAAGUCUUUCGUCUCUAUACCAUUAUUUGUAUUAAGAGAAAAUAAAGGUUGGAAUAAGAA